AUGAUGAAGGCCUUAAUUCUAGCACUGGCAUUGACCCUUGUGGGUAAGUAUAGAUGUACUAUCUAUCAGAAAUGCUGGGGGGGGGGAAGUGUUACAGAAAUUUCAAAUGUAAAACAGUACAGUGGUACCUUGGUUUACAGACACUUCAGGUUACAGACUCCGCUGACCCAGAAAUAGUACCUCGGGUUAAGAACUUUCCUUCAGGAUGAGAACAGAAAUCGCAUGACGGCGGCGCAGCGGCAGCAGGAGGCCCCAUUAGCUAAAGUGGUACCUCAGGUUAAGAACAGUUUCAGGUUAAGAACGGACCUCUAGAACGAAUUAAGUUCUUAACCCGAGGUACCACUGUUUCAUAGCUCUCUAUUAUAGCAAAUAAUGGGAUGUGGUUCAUUUUGGCUCAUUCCAACUCAGACCCAUUGAAAUCAGUGGGUGGUAUUCAGUUAAGUCUGUCUCAGAGCAGACCUAUUAAAAUCAAUGGAUAUAAUGUAUUUUUCCGAGCAUAAGACACCCCUGUGUAUUUUGGGGGACUCCAAAUUAAGAAAAUGGGAGGAAAUUGCCCCAUGUAUAAGGUGACCCCCCUUUUCUUAACAUAAUUUUAAAGGAAAAAAACCUAGUCUUAUACACAGAAAAGUACAGUACCAUAGUCACAUCCACUAAUUUCAAUGUGUCUGGUCUUCUCUGAGUGUGACUGAGUGUGAACUUAAAAUUCUUAUCAGUAAAUGGAAAAUACCUAAAAGGUUUGCAUGAAUAAAACAACAUUUUUUUAAAAAAACACCUCUUUUUUUGGCACAAUUUGUAAGAUGCUUAACUGUAAAUAAAACCUCUAAGCAGUUUACAAAGAUUUCAUGCCUAUGUAUUCCCAAAAAAACAUGAAGUACAAAUAUUCAUGGAACAAAUGCAUUUUCUCUGUUUUAACUUUAUUUUUUAUCUUUCAGGUUGUCAGCAACAAAAACGUAAGUAUCUAAAAAAGAAGUAUGCAAUUUUGAAAACUGUUUGGCAGUUUUUCGAAAUAUUUGACGUGAUAUUUUUCACAUGUUGCCUAUAAUAUUUCUUUGGACUUCCCUCCCUCCAGAAAUCGAAGGUGAUGUUGCCACAUAUGCAGUCGAAUUUCAAAAUACAAUCAGACUCCCAGGAAAAGGUGCAGGAAGCUCUGGACUGAAAUUAAAAUGUAAAAUUGCCAUCGGCCAAAUUGCACCAGACCGUAAAGUUCUACAGGUAAGGGAACUUUUUCAGUCUUGAAAGUUAACUUUCUCUGUGAGUUUUUAAGGUUGAGGGGAAAAUAAUUCAAUUUUGUCAUGCAACUUGCAUAGACCUUACCUAAUAGUAUUAUUAUUUAUGCAAUGAGCGAAAUUCCUUUUCACACAUUACCAGGCAAUUCUCAGUCAGCUCAAGCCAAACUCAGGCUUGAAGGAUUUAUUCUGCUUAGUGGUCAAAAAAGACAAUCGGAUGUAAUUUCAGAUGCACAAUAAUUUUAUUGUGGCAUCAAUUCAAUUGUUCUCAAACUGUGAUGCCUUGAAAAUUAUUUAAUCAAAUGAUGGUUGUAACUAAUAAACAAAGACUAAUGCAUUUUCUAACAAAGUGGGAUGUCAUUGAAUAUUGACAAUUCUAAAUUUCAUGUGGCUACUUCAGUACCUGCAGAGCGCAAUGAUAUUCUAUGCACCACUCUGCAUAUUUUGAGCAAUCUGGUGACAUUUAAAUUUUUUUAAAAAUAACGAAUGCAGCAUGAAAACCUUUGCUGCCUUUUCCUACUGAAAUUGCGGGGGGGGGGGUGAGAAAGGGUUUCCCCAUAGGUUUGCAGCAGAGCCCAUUGUUCCCUGUCAUCCUGUCCUGGUGCCAGACGUAACCCUGUUAUCCUACCCUAGAUUCACUUCAGAUCAUAGCCUGGCUACACAUAGAGAAAGCUUUGUAAACCCUUCUGGGUCAGAAAUUAUGUGGGCUUGCUCUAGGCUGAAGACAAGACAUAAUACAAGAGUAGGGUUCAAAGUCGGUUAACAUAUUCAAAGCCCUCCUUCUCAGUAAUAAUAACACACCAGACUUGACCCACUCUGCUUGCUCACUCACUUGCACUGCAUCCACUUUCUCCUUCCUUUCUGAUAGUGUCUGCAGCAAAGGGUCUAAGACAACGCCAUUUCCAUUCCAGAGACCUGAAUGUCUGUUUCCCAGAUGGUAGAGAUGCAAGAAGCUGCAAUGGGAGUGGUGGCAAGUGAGAGUAAUAAGGAACAGGAGGAAGCAGCAAGACUGCUUUGGUUAGCUGAUUAGCCUGUCAGCCCAGGACAAAACUGGCCUCUUGGCAAAGGGGAAGGAUUCUAUUAUCAUACUACAUUUGUCUUCACUUGUAGUUUUCUUGAAAACUCUUAAAGGUCAAGUCAGUGAAAAUAAAAUGGCUUAGUUAGCGUCACUUCAGCAUUCUUUUAGGCUUCCGAUUUCAAAUGGCUAGCCUUAGAUACAGUAAAAAGAUUCUUACACAUGUAGUAAUGAAGUCCUGUCAUUAACAUGAAUGUGUAGUUUACAUGUGGUAAAAUAGAUGCUAGGCGGAAAACAUUUAAGCUCUAAUUUGUGUGGUUUUGAGAAGGUGUGGUUUUGAAGACUGCCGUUUAAAUAACCUAUAUGGAUUCUAAAGGGAGGUGGAAAAUAACAUGAAAUUUACUCUUUGUGUGUGUGUGUGACAGCUUCAUAGCGUUGAAGUGCUUGAGCUCAAUGGCAUCCAGCCACAGCAGGACUUCAAGCAGUCAUCCAAGCUGACCAAGAUGUUUGAGGAAGACUUACCUGGCAUAGUUACAUUUCGCCACAGGAAAGGCUUUGUUGAUGACAUCAUGGCUUCAGGACACUUCUCAGAAUAUAAACUUGGAGUCUUCAAAGGUCUUCUGAACAACCUGCAAUAUUCCAUGAAGCUAGACCAGAAAAGCUACAACUUAAGAGAGGUGAACUUUUAAUUUCCGUUGCAUUUAUAGUACUGUGGCUUUUAUUUUCACACUAGGCACUUACGAUUAUAUGCUAUUUUUAUUCGUAUUCUCUCUAUUCCUGAGAAUUUCAAAGAACUUCACGUACAUUUUAUCAGCAGUCCUUUCAAUAGCUGUAAGACUGGCCAGUUUAUUCUAAUAUAAUAGUUUGCGGGUGGGUGGGGAGCAGCUGUAAACUGAAAGAAUGUGUCUUACUUAAGGCUACUUGCUGAGUUUGUAGGUCAUAUUUGAACCAGCACAUCGCUGUUGACGUUAACUACAUCAUAUUCCUCCAAUACCACAACAAAGUUAAUAGACCAAUAUGGAUUAUAAAUCUAUAGAAAUAAGCAGGAAUCAAACUUCCAUCCCUAAAAUGAGACUCAUGCACUUGAAUUCAAAGAAUGAAUUGGAGUCAACAGAUAAACUUCUUAGCUCUGGUUUAGAUCAUAAUGAUCAAAUGAUGUGGUCAUUACACACACACACACACACACACACACACCAUAAUUUCCAUUUGCAGUUGCAGAUGAUCAAAUUACCUUUAGAAUACCUAAUCUCCUACAAAAUAAAUCUGGCCAAGUUAAAACUGCCUUGGGGAUAAGCUUGCAAUAGAGUGAUGUCAGGACUACACUAUGUUAAAUUGUAAUUUGGCUCAUAUUGAAAUCCUGACUACAGACUACAGUUAAUUUCACUUUCACAGUCCCGUAUUUACAUUAAUCAAGCCAAUUUUGAUUCAGAUGUUGAUAUUUGAAAACGUUUGAAAUUAUUUUUUGGUAUGAAAUUUAGAAUAGGGUUGCUUUAAUUUAGAAAACAAAUACUUUAAUACAGUAAUAUUUAAUUUAGGAAAUUGGUUUGGAAACUGCGACCAAUAUUCUGUCCCUGUAUCACAUUGUGCCUAGUUUUAUAGCCAUCCUAUUUUUUCCUCCACACUUCCCAUUGCCCUAAGUAGGCAUCAGACAAUGGCAUGUGACAUCUGUUACCUGAUCCUAUGUACUGUGGAUAAUAAGUUAUUCCUUUUGUCUCUCCUGAAUCUCCCAUCAUUCAGCUUUGCCUCAGAUUCUCAUAUUAUAAAAGUGGGAGAACAAAUUCUCUCUUUCCGUGUCAAUGCAUAAUGGCAUAUACCUCUUUCAUUGCUGCCGCCGCCCCCCCCCAAAAAAAAUUACUUGCCUUUUUCUUAACUAAAAAGUCCCAAAUGUUGUAGCCUUUUUCUCAGAGUGGUUUGAUCCAGGUCCUUUGUUAUUUUGUUGCCAAUUUUGAAUUCCUUCCAUUUAAAUCCUUUUGACUUAAUGCAGGCAAACCAGGUGAUACCAGGGUUAGCUGUACAGUUUUAGAAUUUAUUUUUUAUUUUGUUGCAUGAUAUCAGCAUUAAGUAGCUUAUUAUCAUUUUUAUCAUCUGAUAAACCGUUUGAGGAGGAGUAGGCAAUGAGAUUUUAAUGAUCUAGCCUAAUGACUUAAAUGACUGUGAUCACAGCUUGCCAAGGUGUUCUGUGUGGCCAAUGCGAUGUCCCUACUUAUGGUUACUCACCCACAAGAAGCUUGUUUUGGGAAGGGGCAAGCGUGGGAAAUACUUCAAGGGCCAAACGUCACACAUUUUGAACUGCAUGAAGUGCCGGCAUGUUCUUCCAGUGCAAGCUCUUCCCCCUUCCUUUCAUUUAAUGUUGAGUUCCUAGUUUGUGGGACUGAUCUGAUUUUCAGGGUGCAAAUUUGCUCAUUACCUAACGGCCGAGCAUAAGGCAUAUGGAAGGCACUCCAGACUUGAAACACUUUGAAAAACAGUAUUCAAACUUGGUAAAAACUCUGUGCAUAUACUGAUAUUGCACUUCUGAUGAAUACAAAAUCAUGUCGUGAUGUUAUAGAUCUGAGUGAAACCUGCUAAUGUAAGAAAAGAGAGUUAAGGUUCCUCAGUUCUUCAGUGGUGCUUAAUUAUUGCUGCUUUCAUGGCACAUCUGCUUCUAAGGAUUCUAACAGAGGAUUGUGUGAGUUGUAGAUUAGGUGUAAUGGGAUUUUUAGGAGCAAAGAGCCAGCCCCGACUCUGAAAUCUCUUGCUUUUGAGGUUUCAUUCUGACUGAUCAAAUUAUUUCACCACAUUUUUUAUUAAAAUUUUCAAAUUAUCCUUCAUAUACAAUAAGCCCUAAUUGGAACUGAAUAAAGAACUUCCCAGUGGGACAAGCCAUGGCUUCACUGAAGUCCGUCGGGGUUUGCCAGUGAUCUUUCAGUAGAAACCUGUGUUGGAAUUUUUGACGAGAAAUGUGUGUAAGGGGAGGGGGGGACGGAUAUAAGAAAAACUGAGAGGUUCAUUAAAGGAGUUAGAGUAGGGUUAUUUAAGGCAAUUUCACAACAAGACCAAUAUUCUCUCAAUGAACCUGCCAAUCUGAUUUAUUUAUUCGUUUUACAGAAUAGUAUUUGGGGGAGGUGCAACACAACAUACCUCGUUCAAAAUGCUGUUAAAGCCGAUGAGAUCUUCAUGACCAAGUCCAUGGACUUAAACGACUGUGACAACGCUGCUUUCAAGAUCUUUGGUGCGUCGCAUGUUACUCCAUGUGAAGCCUGUCAACAGGUUAGUAUGGGGGUUGUGUGUAUAUAUUUAUAUCAUCUGUGGUCCUGUUCACAUUUGCAAGAAGAUCCACGAUUGGUUGUUCAUUUGCAGACAGUUGCAUGGAUGCUGACCUCUGUUGCAAGCCAUUCAUUUGCAGGAUUUGCCAUUCUGUUCAAGCAGUUUUAACAUGCGAUCACAAGCUGCUAGGUGGGUGGGGGUGGGGGCAAUGAUGUGGUAAAAUUGCUGGUACCAUAUAGUUAGACACACAUGGGUUUCCAUGUAGAGCAGUCACAAUGUUGCAUUGCACUGCAACCAAACUAUGCAGCUGCUUGCAUGUGCCAUUUAUGCCUGAGUUGGAAAGCAUAAACCACAGAGGGAGGCAGUCAAGCUGGCUGUAAAGGUGAAGAGGAGAAAGAGGUCUAGAGGACCCUUGUCAGUGACCCCCUCCCCCUUGUUGGGUUCUAGACCCAGAUGGCCAUGUUACAUAUAUUUUACACCAUUUUUUCCUCUCCACCUUUUUUCUUCAAAAUGGCUGGUGGGGUGGAGAGCAGAGGGAGAAGUGGUGGGGGGAGCUCAGAAACAAUAUUAUUUUCUGAUAGGACAAUCUUGUUCCUUUCUUUCUCCUUCUCUCUCUCUCUCCUCUCCAAGCAAUCCAAUAGAGAUCUUUUGGGCAUCACGUGCCUGGAUAGAUUCUGUGGUCUGCUAGCUGCCAAACACAGCUGUAGAGAUUGCUAAUGUAAAAUAAUAUUGAUUGGGUUGUAUCCAGUGCUUUUUUCUAGAAAACACAUGCCGGUACUCACCAUGAAGUUGUUACUAUAAGUGUCACACUUAUUAACCAAAAAAGGAGAGGUGCCGGCAAUACACAUCCUUGAACGCACUGGUUGUAUCCAAACAAGUUCUCCUCAGAUUGGACCAAUUGAAGUGAAUGGGCAUAAAUUAGCCGUGUGCCCAUUACAUUCCAUGUUUCUGCUCUGCAUGGACCCAGCAUUGGGUGCAAUCCUACGUGUGAUGAUUUCUGAACUUGCUAUGAUUAUGUUAAAAAUUCUAAUAUAUGACUUGCCGCUGCCUGUUUUCGUACAGAAAGUCAAACCUUUCCAAGGCUCAGCUACAUUCAAGUACAGAUUUAGGGAUGCACAAAAGGGAGACAACGAGAGAACGAUUAUGCAGGUCGAAGGUGUGGAAAUCCGUGAGUUCGCACCAUUCAAUGAGCUUAGUGGAGCAACAGGCAUCAUGGAGGCCAGGUACCGUACCUUUGUAUAACUGCUCCCUUUUUACAAAUGCUUUUCAAUUUAUCACUUCGUUAGGCUUGCCAUACGUCAGGAAAAUUCCUGACAUGUACUGGUUUUCGCUAUUUUUGAGUUAGGUUCCUAAACAAAAAGCUCGACCAUUUUGUUGGUUUCCUAAUGAAAAAUGAAAAAAUGGCAACCCUAAAUUCAUCAUCCCAAAUUACCUAGUCAAACUCCUUAAGAGUAGUCUCAAUAUCUACCAGCAUUUCAUUUCAUAAACCUAUGGAUUUCCCUGGAGUGUCAUGGUUAGCUAUAAAUCUGAAACAUAUGCACACAUAUAAAAACCAUAACAAAUAUAAUUUGAUUUUUAAAAAGGUAUACAGUAAUUUAAAGCGUGGAAGCCCAGUGAAUAGGAGAAUCCUGGAAAAUCACAGUGCAGUAGUGAAAAAAUCUCUUCAGGCCAAAGUACAUGUGAUAGCAGUUCAUGUUUAAACAUGUGCUUAGCUUCCCUGGUUUUAUUUUGGAGAAAAAGGAGCCCUGAUGCCCCAAUCUGGAACAAGCUCCUAAUCUGGAUUGGGGAUGCUGCACUGAUUUUCUCCUGAAUGUCUUCUUUUUGAGGGGUAGGGGUAGUUCUCUUGUACUUGAUAUGGCUGCUUCCCUUUUUUAGGACUGUGUUUCAUAUUAAUAAACAAGGGUUUCUUUAAAAGAACAAUACACCCAUUGAAAUGAAUAUGCAAAAGUUUGUAGAAGUCAGCAGAUAUGACUAAGAUUGAGUAUUACCCAUUAUGUGUUUAGAUUCAGCAAAUCUUCAUAAUCCGAAGGUCAGAUCCACCUUCAAGUAAAGAAGCAUUUUAAAUUUACAUACUAUAUUUGCUAGUUUAGUCCUGUUUUUUCUGCUGCAAAAGGAAAAUUAUUAUUAUUAUUAUUAUUAUUGCAAAGCCAAGAGACAAAAAACAGCUUUCUGUAUUUACUAUUUGCUCACUAAAUGUCAUUGGAUCUUUCCACACUAGGCUUAAAAUGGUAUUCAUCGAUAUGCAUGGCCACUUGCCACAUGUCCCUUCUGACCUGAAGAGAUGGGGCUCACUUACCUACAGGUUUAAUUAUGAACUUCCUCCUCUUCCUAUUCCAUUGAUAAAGAGCAACAACGUAGAGAGAGAAGUAAGUUUUAAAAAUGGUAAUGCAAAUGGAACUUUGCAACAUACCAGUGUUCUUUGCCUGAGGCAUUAAACAAUACCUGACAAUGCUCUCUUUUUUAUUUUAUUUUUUUAAAAAAUCUAUCCAACAGAUUGAGGAAAGAUUGCAGUAUUUGGCAGGACACCCAAAUGCAAAGUUUCCAAGAGAUGGUGCAAUUAAAUACCUGCAGGCUAUCGAACUUGUGCGUGAGAUGAACGAUACAAAAUAUUUAGAUUCGCUCUUUAGAAAACACGCCAAUGAGCCAACACUCAGGUAAGAUAACAGAGGAAGUGUGUUAUGCUUUUCAUGCUUGAAAAGCAUAAUUGAAUAAGAUCUAAAUUAAAGUGAUCAGAGCUCAGACUUGAUUGCUGCUUCUUUUCUUGUAGACACCUCAUCGUACAACUAGCUGCUGCUGCUGGUACUCCAGAUGCACUUAGAUUCUUGAAACAUAGGUUUGAUCAGAGAGAAAUCAGCAGGAUUGAAGCGACAAUGGCAUUUGUUACCUUCUUUCAUACCUGCACUCCAUCUCCAGAAAUCCUAGAAACAGCUAUGGUAAAAUACAUCUUGCAUUACGGGGGUUUUUGUUUGCUGAUGUUGGCUUUCCCUGAAUUGAUCUUUUUGCGGGGCGGGGGGUUUGCAAGAAUAAGUGCAUGCGACUUUAAGAUUUGACAGUUCCUACAACCUAGGCAUCUUGAAGACUUCAGACUAGAAUUGUUCCAUCAUUGUAUCCUCCAGAUGUUGCUGGGCUGCAACUCCCACCACCCAUGCUGGCUAGGACUAAUAGGAGCUGGAGUCCAUCAACAUGGAGGGCACCAUGUUGGCUCUUCCUGAUCUAAGUUCUUGUUUUCCAUGCCUUUGAACAGCUCUGGCCAUGUCCCAAGAGGAGAGAAUUCCCAUGGGGGCAACAGUUUUUUGAAACACACCAGUUUGGUAAUCACCUCAGAUAUCCAUCCUCUCCCCAAGUGCCACAAGCCACUUAAACCCAAACAAAUCCUGAAUAAUAAGUGAUAUCCAAAGCUACUGAUACACAAAGCAGACCCACUGUAGUCAGACAGAAGUAAUUUUGGUCCACACGGAGUGGGUCUAUUCUAAGUAUGAUUUCAUUGGCUAUCCCUCAAUAUCAGGUAACAGAGCUGUGUAACCACACACAUCUGCCAGACAAAAAAACCUAUUAAUAUUUAACUUGAAAUUCAUAGCAGAGGAAAUACAGGCUAGGUCAAUAUACAAAGGUGUGUGUCAGAGAGUAUGAGGCAAAUAAAAUCUAACCUAUAUGCAUACCGGUUAUGUAUGGUCCUUUUAAAAUGGCAGUUCCUUUGGCAAGCAGGCCAAGAUCCUAAGGCUAUGGCUAUUAUUGUUGCAGUGCAGAUGAUUGAUAGCUCUGAAGGCCCAUCUUAUGGGUUCCUCUUAACUCAGGUCUCUGAAAUGCUGUGGGCAUCAAGGAUGCUAUUUGUACUUAAGUUAAUUUUAUUGGGUGUUAUCGCCAUACCCAGAUAGAGCCACUGAAAUCACUGGGCAAGUUCAUCAUGAUGAAAUGAAGUGCAUUUAAUGGUUCUACUCUGAGUUUGACUUAGUUGGAGACAACCCAUUUAGUCAAGUCUCUGAGAAAUUGUUGGCCUCCUGAAGGCUAGUGUUCUUAUGGGCUAUGAAACUGAGCUGGAGUUCCCCAGUUCAAUUUAUACCUCUGCUAUGAUGAGCCAUUACUUCUCCCUUGGCAAGCCCAUUAUGUAUCAGCCACACAUUUAUAAUAUAGGAGGAAUAAUGCUGUCUUACUUGGAUAAACAGUUGUAAAAAUUACUGAGAUGAUAUACAUUUGAAACUCUUGGAACACUAUCAUUCACUUUAUACACUCCCAGCAAUUGUUAUGCUUUGGGCUAUUUUCUCUCAUUUAGUCUGAAAUGCAUUCAGACCUGAUUUAAUUGAUGCAUAUGUUAAAAUGAGAUGAAUAAUUUGUUUUCUGUAUGUUUCAAAGACCAACUUUUCUCUCAAUAGGCAGUUGUGACAGAUGCCCUCAAAGGCCCCAGAAGUUUCUACCGCAGCUUUACCUGCCUUGCCUACGGAACUGUUGUUAAAAAAUACUGUUCUUCCUCAGAAACUUGCCCUGACAAAUACAUCAAGGUAUUGUGCCAUGUUUCAAUGACAUUUCAUCAUUUAAAGAGUAACAAUAUAAGGUGCUUAAGUUGGCCUAUUAUUAUCAGCUUACAAGUUAAGAUGCAUGUUUUGAGCACAGUCUUUAGAGGAAAUUGCAACACAUUGAAAACAAUGAGAUUUUUUGCUGCUGGUUUCAGUGAGUUCAGGAUUACUGUCUUCAAUUUGAAAUAAAAAUAAGGUGGGGGGAAUUAUUCUUAGCACUACACUACCAUGGUAUACUUGUCUCAGUAGUUCUCAGAAUCUUUACAUGUUAUUUGUUUAAUCAAUCAUUCAAAUAAUCAUAUAAUACUGCUAUAAAGUACCUGUAAUUAUUACUGUAAAUUCUUUGAAAAUAUUUAAACUGAGUAUCAUUCACUCCUCACUGAAAGCAAUAGCAACACAUAUCUAGUCAUUUGUUCCAGGUUAUCUUAACAUUAAGCAUGGGCAGGUCAGUCUAUUUCUGGUCCAUGGCAAUUCUGCGUGCGUUACUUUCUAUGUCCUUUCCAUCCUGCUUCCACAUAAAUAAUAGCCAAAUAAAUAAAAAAAUAGCCACAUAAAUAAUAUUUAAAUAUUUAAUGCAUUUUUAAAUAUGCAUUUCAUUUUAAUGUACGUAUUCCAACCUAAAAUCGGCAUUUUCUAAGUUUUUUCAGCCAAAAUUUGUAAAGAAAUAUUUUGAGAAAUGUGAUAUCUAAAGGAUAAUUAUGUCCUGAUCUUUGUAUUAGUCAAGGAGGUGCAGCUUGUUCUGAAUGGGCUUGUACUUCCUCUGAAAGAGCUUUUCUUGGGGGGGGGGUUGCUCCUGUAUCCAUCUUUCUCACUGGUGCAAUAUUUCUGGCUGUUCCUGCUUUGGGAUGGCUUUAAUAUGGUAGUCCAGGCAUUCAUAACAUCCAUAUUGAAUUACUGCAAUGCACUCUGUGAGGUGCUUUAUUUAGGUUGGUCCAGAACCUACAGCUAAUGCUGAAUGCCUCAGAAAGACUAUUGAAGGGGAUGCCCUAUUGAAAGUGCACAAGACCUCCUAUUCUGAAAGACCCGCACUGGCUAUGCAUAUGGUACUUGGCCAAGUUUAUUGAGACAUAGGAGAUGCUGAUGUGCAAACCCUGUCAAACCUACUCAUGUCUAACUUGAGAUCACAGGCUGUUCAUAAAGCUGUCCCCAGUAUCAAUUCAAGAUUCAAAUCAUAUCUUUUUUAAAGCAACUAUUUUGCAACUAAUUUUGAAACCACUUCUUUCCCCCUAAAACAGCCUUUGAAUGAUUUUGCAGUUAAAGCAAAACGUACAUCCGACGUAGAUGGACAAAUGCUGGUACUGAAGGCCUUAGCAAAUGUGGGACAUGUCAUCAUUGAGAAGCCCAUCAUGAAGACCUUUGCAGCUCUCAUUUCUUCUCCUGACUCCCUGCAUCCUUGCGCUGCCAUCUUAGCUCUAAGAGGCCUUGUCGAGAAGUAUCCUGCACGGGUAAGAAGGCAUGGCAUUUUUGUGGGGAUCUUGUGGGUUUUUUUCAACAAAAUUAUAGAGCUGUUAGGAAUAUCAUUUUUUUCCUAAUGCUAAUUGAUCAUGGUGAUACAUUAUUUCUCAAAGACCAGUUGCAUUAGGUAUAGGUUGGGAAUAAAUGUCCAAGCGGUGGAGGACUCAGCCCCUGUCUGUGUAGAUAUGUAUACCAUUAUGUACAGAAUUGAAACUCAUGGGGGGGGUACAGUGAGAGAGCGGCGUGUGAUAUAUUGCUUUAAACAGCUGAGGCAGCAGAUGAUGUGCAAGUCACUCACGUUGCCAAUGGGUGGUUUAUCCAAUCCAAAUGUGUCUUUCUUCUGUACAAGCAAAAACACAAGCAAAAAAAAACAACAGAAAAUAUCGCUUUGCAUUUUCUCAAGUGGCAGAUUUUUCUAGGAGCAGGCCUUUAGAGGCUCUGUUCUCAAAACGCAGAGAAGGAGAAGGGCCUAAAUCUUGCCUGGGCAUGUUAUUCUGAAAAGCAGGAAUCAGGAAAGUUAGAUUGCAGAUAACUGCUUGAAAAGCUCCAUCUUGUUUUAACAGAAGUCCCUUACAUAAUACUGCAAGCCACUGAAUUUGAUUACUGUAUGCUGUGGAAGUUGGGGCUGGCUGCCGUGGUUCAAAGAAGAAGAGCCAAAAUGCCUGCUUAGCAUGUACAAGCUUUUUGAGCUAUGAGCCAAAGUCAUGGUGGGAAGGAGAAAAAUAAGAGUACAAAAUUUAUAUUUUCAAUCUAUGUUGCACAGGUGGAAGCACUUACUGUUCCAAUCGUCAUGGACAACAAGAUAGAUCCCGUAACUCGUAAAUGUGCUGCCAUGGUUUAUAUGGAAUCCCUACCAGCUCUCCCUUCAUUGAUGGCAAUGACUAAUUAUGCAUCAGAGACACCCAUGUCAGAAGUGAAAUAUUUCCUGUUGACUCUUAUACGUGAAGCGGCCACUUGCAGAGCUCCUGACUGCCAAGAGAUGUAAGCAUAAUUUUUUAAAAAAUGAUUUCUUUAUGAAAGGAGCAGUGCACAGCAAACAGCAGUAGUAAAUGUGAACAUUGUUGGUUAAUUUGCUUUAUUCAGGGCUUCUGCCUGCAGAGUGGCACUUAAAGUACUGAGCAUCAAGAUUCAGCGGCCUAGCUAUCGCCACAGCAUGGUUUACUUCUUUGGUCUUCACAGUGGUAAGAGACAUGUGUUUUUCCCCCAGAUACUAUUUAUUCCUCCCAGAAUAAUAGUGAUUGCUUAAAAUAUUAAAAAGAUGAACCUGUUGUUUCAAGAGUAAAAGCUGUUUGUUUCAAGAACCAGAAAGAAAUCAGCCAUGUCUUGUCAUGUGACUAGCUCAAAAAGCACAGGGAAAGACCUGGGGAGGAAAGUAUGCAUUGGGCAGGGCGGUGCGCAGUCUGCAAAACCAAAAUGUUCUCUCAUCCCUAAACUAGAACCUAUAAGCAUUUUGAUUCAUAUUUUAAGGAAGGGGAGGAAUGGUACAUUGGCUUUUUAUGCCACAAACCUAUGUUAUACAGUGGUACCUCGGUUUUCAAACGUCUCCAUUGAUGAACAUUUCAGUUUUCGAACACCGUAAACCCGGAAGUAAAUGCAUAGGUUUUUGAACACGCCUCGGAAGUCGAACAUGAAACGCGACUUCUGUAUUGAUUUUUCUGUAUUGAGUUUUCGGUUUUGAGUUUUUGGUUUUCGAACGUUUCGGAACUCGGACAGUCUUCCGGAAUGGAUUACAUUCGAAAGCCAAGGUACCAGUGUAUUUUUUUUUACUUCAUCCUCCUAUUAAUAAUGUAAUACCAAUGAUACAUUUACUGGUUGUUUGGAGUGGGAACAAGAAAACACACCUUGUGUAUUCUAGGCCAAAUGUCAUGUUAUUUUCAGGCAAGUCAAAGUUUUACAUUAUAUGAUUUAAGUGGCUCCAUUCUUAAAGAACCAUGAAAAUCCUAGAGAUUUUCUGCAUAUCCCUUGGGAAAUAUUUUUACAACAACCACCCUACAAACAAACUCAAUACCGUACAUAACUUAAUAAAAAUAAUAUAGGCUCAUUUAAUAGUUGUGUAACUUAUUAGUACACUUGAAAAGCUGAUGACAAAUAUUUCAUGAAAAUUUCAGAAAAUGCGAAGUUAGAUUUUUGCACAGUGCCUUAGGUUACUGCUGUGCCUCGUGACUUUUACAUGACCAUGAAAUCAGUUUCAUAAUAAAAAUAAGUACCAUGAACAUGACUAGGAUAUACAGACCUACUACUUCACAGAGGUAUGUAGGGAGCUCUUGAAGAGAUAAAAUAAUUUCAUGGUAUAUGAAAUUUUCUUCCCUCCAAAGCAUCAUUAUUGUCAUAUACUAUUUUAAAAGUUAAAGGAAUGAGAUUUAUCUCCUUAGUCCUUGCUCAGUUUUUUUCAUGCACUAUAAAUUUAAGUAGAGCGCUUAAAGUGGCAUAAACUGCUGGUAACUGUUGAUGACCAUAUUUGGAUAUUAGCUAAAUUGAUAUCAUAGCACGAAAAAUCUAUUAGAAAUUACUAAUAUUCUAUUAUUAGUAUCUCCAGAGCAGGAGUAGCCAAUGUUGCAUCCUCCAGAUGCCACUGGACCACAACUCCCAUCAGUCACAUAUAACAUACUGAAAAUGAUAAGAAACCAAAAGACAUUUGCCACCUUUGCUAACAGUUUCAUAGAGGUGGCAUGGUGUCCUGUUAAAGACAGAUGUUAAGAUACAGAUUGCUGCGACAAAUUACUUUUAGGAAGCUUAACAUGUCUAGCAAUACAUGUUGAAACGCCAAAGCAAAUGGCACUCCUUUUUCAGUAACAGUUAAUUAUCAAGUAAGCUCCAGCGAGGGUGAAAUGCUAUAUAAAAUAUAUUCUUUCCCUUUCAUCGCAUCCCAGCACUGUUUUGUGACAGCCUACAUAGAGAACAAGUAGUUCAGCAACAGAAUGGCUUGCAUUUCACUUUUGCAUUCAAGCUAGCAUAGCUGAGGGGGAUAUAUUGAAACUCCCUGCUUGAUGUCAUGCAGUCAUAUAGAGGAGGGAAAUAAAUCACACACACAAAAAGUCACAUUGGGCAUUAUAAGAGAAGGGUGGAGAGCAUGGGUCUACCAUUUUGACAGCCCUAUGUCUGUCAUAACAUCUUUCUUGUGUGUCUAUUCCCACUACAAAAAGAGUCACUUUUCUGUGUUUCUUUAGACGAGGCAUAAGCAACAUAGCUUCCUCCAGAUAUUGUUGGCCAAUGAGGUGUGGACAUUGCAGGGGGUGGGACUAGAUGACCCUUGGGGUCUCUUCCAACUCGAUCUACAAUUCCAUGAAACAUCUAGAAUCUGCCCAUUGAUUUAAACCAGGGAUGGGGAUAUUUCCCAGUCAUGAUAACAUUUUUUUUAAAAAACCAACUGGAAAUAACAGAGAAUCGGUGACCUUCCAUAUGCAUAGGAAGUGCUCUCCUCCAACAUGUUCUAUAAAGUCUUGCUCCCUCUCCCCCUUCCAGAAGAACUGGUCAAAUGUAGAGAGAGUGCCAAGCCCAAAUCACAGUACACAGACACAGUAGCCUAUUUUUGUUAUGCAGCUGGUCUUGUACAUGGAGUUUCUUCACUUUUUCAUAAGAUGCUGUUUUCACAUUAAACAAUUAGGAAAUUAAAUUCGUAUUAUUAUGCAGUUUGAAGAACCGACUGGCCUUAUUGCUUGUUGUUUUAUCUCCCUUUUCAGAACGACUUAUGGCUGGUUUGAGAGCUGAGGUUGUCAGCAUAGGCAAAGAAGGAAAUAUCCUCCCAUUGUUUACCAUGUUCAAAACCAGGGCGAACAUCCUUGGCGUCUCCUCUGAUCUUGUAGAGGUAACAGAUGCUGUCCAUUAUAAAUUCCAUUAGGCCUGUACUGUUAGACCUUGAAUUUAUUUUCUUACAAAAUUCAUUUGAGUCUGGCUUGUUUCUAUAGCAUGAGCAUUCCAUACACUAAGCUUUGAUAAGAAGGGGGCAGAUCAUCCUUACAUGAUGUCUCCACCCCCAUCAUUCAGCCCGGAUGCUGAGGUCCAGCUCCAAGGGCCUUCUGGCGGUUCCCUCACUGCGAGAAGUGAGGUUACAGGAAACCAGGCAGAGGGUCUUCUUGGUAGUGGCACCUGCCCUGUGGAAUGCCCUCCCAUCAGAUGUCAAGGCAAUAAGCAACUAUCUUACUUUUAAAAGACAUCUGAGGGCAGCCCUGUUUAGGGAAGUUUUUAAUGUUUAAUGCUGCAUUGUGUUUUUAAUAUUCAGUGAGGAGCCGCCCAGAGUGGCUGGGGUAUAAAUAAUAAAUUAUUAUUAUUAUUGUUGUUGUUGUUGUUGUUGUUGUUGUUGUUGUUGUUAACAAAUUACAACUUUUGCCUAUAAUGGUUUAAGUUAACUCAUGCUCAACCAGCCUUCAUAAAUGUAUUAAAUGCAAGUGACUGAAACAUAGUUCUUAAUUGUUUAAAAUAUUCUGAAACUGCUCUGAUUUAUGUAAAGCAUAGAAAGCCCUUUUAACUGUUUCAUACACCCCCUUUCAACACAGGUCGGCGUUAAGAGUAUAGGACUAUCUCGCCUUUUUGAAAGGGCAUAUGCAGAAGGAAGGCUCCAUGACUUGGUAAGUGGGCGGCAUAAUAAACCUCAUAAUGUGUUAUUCCUACAAAUGCUAUGUCUGUUUAAGGCCCAAAAUCAUUUAGGCACAUGAUACCUGCCAUACCAGCAUGCCCAGUCCAUAAAAUUUGAUAGAGAUGCUCUUCUCUGUGUCCCAUUGGUACCCAUAUCCAAGCAAGGCAUGGCUGGUUGGGAUGUGCUAGAUGCUUGGGAAGUGCUUACCUUUUCUGAAUCUAUUUAUUGAUUCAUUUAUUGGAUUUAUACACCGCCCUUCGGAAAAGAGCUCAGGGCAGUUCACAAUACAAAAAUAGAAGAGAAAAGCACAAAUAAAGAGUUAAAACAGAAACAACAAAGCAAUAAUUCACCCCCAAACACAUUUUAAAGGCUGCAGAAUGUUAAUUGGCCAAAGGCCCUGGUUGAAUUUUCCUCAAAUCGUGAGAUUCCCUAACUCAGGGUGUGCCUCUCAUUCCUUUUCACAGCCUAGCUUAUUUAUUUGUUUCAUUCAAGAAGACAUUUGACCUGCCAGAAUGAGGAUUCUUUUGUAGCUGAUUCCCCCUCCCCAAUCAUUUUGGUUUCACUUUCAAUUUAAUUCUGUUGUUGUUGGUUGUUUAAUCGCCAUUAGAUUUCCCUGUUGUUUUGUUUGAGUGUUUUAAGCCACCCUGAACAUUGCAAACGCAUGUGUUGCAAAAAAAGGUACACCAUCAUUUCUUAAAAUAAUAAACAAACAAAACAAUAAAAAUUUCAGUACGUUUCUAUUUCUUAUCACACAGCCCUUCGAUCAGAAAAAAGGAGGACACGACCCAACUUUUGGAGGACUAUAUCUCAAAUUAGCGCGCCAAGAAAUCGCGUAUUUGGAGCUCACUCCUGAUGUGAUCCUGGAUGCAUUGCAGGUGCCUCUUUUGACAUGCAUGUUGUUUAGAUAUAAAUUAUAUUUUCUUCUUCUUCUUCUUCUUCUUUAGGCUCUUGAACGUGAUUGCUUUCAGGAUUCGAUUGGGUGCAAUUAUAACUUUUCAGCAUUAGUUACUAUUGCACUGGCAACCUCUUUUUCCUAUGAAAGGAACAGUGACAUGAAGCAUGUGAUAUUCUCGUUCUCUUUGUUUAAUCAGCGCAAACUUUCUUUGCAGAUAUUCCAUGGCAAAAUGCCUCUCCCCUGGAUAAAGGAUUCUGCAGAUGGCCUUAAAAAUCAUCCAAACAUGCAGUGGGAGAACAAUUUCGUAUCUGCAGAAAUCUACGGUGUUGUGCCUACAUGCACUGGACUUCCACUUCAAAUAAACUUGGUUCAUUUUACUCACACAUCCGUCAAUGGAAACGGUAAGGCAAUAGAAAUUUAUCAACUACCAAGCACAGUGACUAACUAGGGUGGUAUCUACACACGUAUAAAAAAUGCCACGAAAAUGCUUUUUUAAAAAAAGUUUUGAAAAAUACGUUAAAUUUGCCAUAGCUCACUGUCGCCAUCUAGAGGCACUUUUGUAUAUUACUCUUUACAACACACUUAAAACGUUUCAUUUGCAGCUGUAUAGCUGACUCCCUAGGACUCCCGGUCUUGGGUUUUACCAUGAGAAUGGUAGCACCUCAUUAAAGUGGUAUAGGAAAAAUAUAUAAGGACAAAAAAACGUAACAUGAGGUAUCCCUACGAAUGUGUUCCUGAGCACAUUGAGUUGGAAAUGACUGAGUUUCAAAUAUAUUUAGGAUAAAACAUGCUGGGGGGGGGGAUUAAAUAAGCAUUCCAGGGUUUCAGUUUUCUCCCAUUAUUAACUGUGAGACAAAUAGCAGUACUCAGGGCAAAUUUAUCCCUUUAUCAAAAUAAUAUCAAAAUAGAAACAAAAUAAUUGCAAUUUUAUAUAUCACAUUUUACAUAAUAAUUAUUUUAUAGCAUGCAUUUGUUUUAUUUGCUUGCUUUUAAACAGUUCAAUUAUCCAUGAGUCCCGAGCCGACAUCACAUUUGAGUUUGCCUGACUUGCUUAACAUCGAUAUGAAACUGAAAACCAGAUUGUCUGUCAGGUAAAUAGACUCAUUGAUACAUAAAAUGACAAGAUGCCAUUCAAGUGGUACAAAUGUGCCCUCAGUAUUCAUGAACUCUUUAACGUAUAGUAGCCAUAACAUCACUAUAAUGGGCUUGUUUGGUUUUUUUCCCAUUUUUAGCAUGAACAAAGAUAUGCUCGUGACGAUGGGAAUCGUUGUCCCUGAAUUCCAGGCUAUAAUACAAGAGAAUGUCAAAAUCGUCACCAAUAUCCCUGUGAACGUUGAUGUCUCUAUGAACAUUAAGGAAAAGACCUUCAAACUUGAACUUCCACCAUGCAGAGAGGAAACUGAACUCAUGUCUUUCAGGUAGGCCUAGCGAAAAUUGGUAGAACACCCCUCCCCCCCUUCUCCUGCAAUACAUUUUAUAGUUAGUACUUGAUCUCUGGAGUUAAUUAUUUUAUAUUAUCUAGUGCAAUGGACUUAUUUCAAAGUUAAACACUCCAAUCAAAUUUAUGGAGGUGUCAAGUUGAGAUUGACAGAGUUGAAAGAGAGUGCUUUAAAUUAAAAAAUCAGCUUUAAAUGCUUGAAGAUCACAAAAUAUGUUUAAAAUGUUUGACAUAAGCUUUUUCAUAGAUAAUUAGAUUGCACAGAAUAAUCCUAUAAUUGGAUUUUUGAAACCGUACUGUAAGGUUUAUAUACUAUACAAUUUCCCCCUCAUCUCUAACGACAUUAUUAAUUGUUGCUUUAACAUGUAAAUAUACUGGGGCUUUCUUUUACAGUCAAUACAACAGUGUUGCAAGGUAAAUCAAUAUUGGUAUCUGUUGUCUGUUUAUCUGGGUGACAAACUUCCCAUUAGAAUUCAUAAUGGCCUUUGGCAUUAAAAAAAAAACCCACAAAAACCACAAAAAUCUGAGUACUAGUAAAGUUAAAGCGAAUGGCAUAAACUGUGUAAACAGAAAGUAUUUCAAAACCUUACCAAGCAACAUAUUUUUGCAUUAUUUGGUGAGCCAACAAAUGAAUAAACUUAAAAUUACAGUUUUCUACAUAACAUCAAGAGGAAGAAUGAGCAUAUAAAACUUGUGGAAAACCUAAAUCUGAAGAUUAAAGCAGAAAUGUUGGAAAGCUGCUAUAGAAUGCAUUGUCCAAAAUAUAGCCUACAUUUCAGUGACAAGUUGUUGAAAAAUAUACAUAAUACUACCUGCAUUCCAGUUUUUAAAAUACUUAUGAGCAAGGCCAAUAAAAAUAGCUUCACAUAUGUAAAUUAUUUGCAUGGCUGAUCACAAAUGUGAUUGAUUAUGCAUUCUUAGAGGAUUAAUUGUUUUUCUUUUUUCUUUUUGGUGAAAGCUGGGAAAAGAUUUAUUUUUUUCUUUUUCUUUGGUGCUACAUUGUAUAGAAUGGCACAAAUAAAAAUCGUUAAGAAGGACACUUCCAUUUUGAAGGGCAUUAUUCUUUUUUCUUGUCCUCACAGUCCUUGUACUUUCUACUUAUCCUCACAUGCUGGUACAUGUACCUUCUACCUAAUUUUUUUCCCCUGUCAAACCUUCCUACUUGCUCCAGUAUUACCCAAUAUUCCCCAAUCCCUCCGUACAAUUUUGCAUGUUGGCCUAUGGAAUUUGUAUGGAUGCAUAAGUCUGGCAGAAUCGGUUAGAAGACUGGCCCCUUUAGCCUUGAUUGCUCAGUAGUUAAUUAAGAAGCGGUGCAAGUAUCCUAACACAAGGAAUGAGUGGAAGAUGUUUAGUAUCACAUCAUUUGAUCACUCUGAUCUGAUGGUGGGAGUGGCCAUUGCUUGAAAAAAGCGGGCGUUAAGAUGUUCUCAUGGCAUUUGAUCUCUGAUUGCUCUUCUCAGUCAAGAACCUCAUUUGCUGAUGUUGCAGUCAUUGAACAGUGACCAGAUAUUUACGAGUAUGGAGCCUUCUCUCCAGUCACAUGAUUUGUUGUGGCUCUCUGUACUUACCAGGGACCUGUUUGGAACCUUUAGGAAGUUCCUUGUAACUUUCCUCCACCCAUUCUUAUUAAAGUGCUAGAGCUGGAUCAGGCAGCUGAUUUCUGCAGAAAACAAUAUGUGACACCUCUGUUGCCACUAAAUUUAUUGGCUCCCUCUUAUAUUCAGUGGGGAAGAACUGAUCAUUCAGUUCAGUGGCAAAUGUAAACUACUGGGUUAAAAAAAAAAUAACAGUACUGAGAGAAAGAUUAGGGUGGGGGAGUGAUGCCACUAUUUCUGCCUGGAGAUACAAACUGUAGUUUGGUGACGGUUUAAAUUGUUAAAUGUGAAUCAAGUGAAAGCCACUUCCUUUUAAUCUAUUCUGCCCAGAUGAGCCAUUUUAAAAUGCAAGUUGAUUUGUAAUUUCUUUCAUCCCCUCAGCUUGUCUGUGAGAAUAUUUUUUGUCCCUUUCCUUAAUAAAAGAAAUAAAAAAUUCCUGAAGGUUCUAGCUAAGCUUGGUGUGGGGUGCAGCUGUCAUGCCCUUUAUCUGAAACAGAAAACUUGAACAGAAAACAAAGCCUGUGGGUGAUAAGGUGUCAUUUAUUUAUUUUGACUUGACUGAAGUGCUCCAUGUGAAGCGCAGCUUGCAUGUUCUCUACAGUACCUUCAGCACUGCAGGCACCGACAAGAGGAAGAGAGAGAAAGAUAAAAGGAAUGCAAAUCCGCCUUUCAAAUAAAGUAGAUUAGGUGUUCUUAGGCUUCCCUCACAGAGUGUGAAGCCCAUUAUUCUCAACAUGGGAACACCGACCACCUCUCAGUUCACAGCCAGGCAGGUCACUUCCACCCAUCUGUGUUCGCAAAACAACCCCCAGGCGACAAUAUCAGUUGCUUCCGUGAAAUACUAACAAUGGAACGUGUGUGUGUGUUGUUGUUUUUAAUGCAUUUUGAAGCCAUGUAGUUAGAAAUGUAAUGCCUACAUCAUAAAUAUGAUUGGACUACCAGCAGCUUAGAGAAAAUAGUUUGUUAAAAUGCUGUUGAGUAGAUAUACUGCUAGUGUUUUACAGCACACGAUGCAAUCUUCAUGCCCACCUCCCUUGGAAUCAAAGUCACUGGAUUUAGUAAGACUUGCUUCUGAGUUAAUCUGUGGGAUGUGGAAAAGCAGUAGUUUGCUUGGAAGCAAAUUGCUCAUGUCAGCUGACUGACUCAAAGGAAUGAUAAUGUAGUAUCACCUGAUCACAUUCAUAGCAAUAGUUUUUAUUUUAUUUUAUGUGACUAAUAAGCCAGUGAGUUAGGCUAAGCUAAUCCAGUGAACAUCACACUGCAGACUGAAGGCUCAGCCUAUCCACUAUGGUAAAAUAUCCUAGCUAUAUUUCUAUGCACCAGAAAUAACAACGUAAUGUUUUUGCUAUUGAGAUUUGUGGCUUUAACUGAUUGAUAGAUUGAUCAAUUAAGAUUUUCUCCCCUGAAUGGUUUCCUUUGUUUUGGGUUUUUUUUUUUUGUCCACUGUACUAAAUGACACACCAGCUUGGGGGCAGGAUGGAACAUGCCCCACAACCCCUUUCACCGUGCUUGCUCAUUGCACACAAGUAACCCAUGACAAGGGAUAUGUUUUUAACAGAGAUCCUAUGACAUAGGAAAUACCUUUGUGUCUAAUUGCCCCAUGGAAAACAUAUCAUUGUACCAGAGCUUUUGAUUUCCUUAUAUUUUGAAGUGUGUCCUUUCUGCGGCAGUGUCCCAGACAGAACAGAAACCCAUCACUUUAGCAGCUAGGAUAUUGAUUAAAUCCCAAUGCUGGGAUUGAAACUAUGUCAGUGGCUUGUGCAUUGUUUGUUUGUUAUGUUUUUAACUUUAGUAGAAAAUUAGGAGCAGUGAGCAUGAAAUACUGCCUUUAAGUUGAAGUCUGAAAAUGGCCACCCAAAAUAGAUGACACUAACUUGGUUUUGUUUUAAAAUAUGACUAGUCAUGGCUGCCUCGUCAUUUUUGCCUAGUCAAAAUUGUACCUAGGCAUUUGGGUGGCCUAGGUACAAUUUAUAGAGCAAUUUGCAAGGAAUUCCAUGUGUGAUCAAGUCCAUACUGCAACCCAGAUCUUUUUUAACAUAUUUCUGCUUCUAACACAGCAUUUCUCCCUCUGUUUAUCCACCAGUGCUAUGACAUCUGUUAUCACUCGCAACCUUGAAGAGGCACCUGCUACCAAGUCAACUCCACUUUUCGUCCCUCAAACUGUGUCUAAAAUAAUAAGAGGCUCCUUUGAGUCAGCAGAACAACGGAAUGAAAGAAGGGUAACCCAUAUUAGAUUUUUGUGUGCGCUUUUUUUGCUUGAGGAUUGUUUCUUUUACAUAGAAAAGAAGUUGUGCGAGCUAUUUUUAAUCUGCCCCCCCCCCCAUAAAACAUUUACAGUUCAGUCCUAUACACAUAUACUGAGAAGUAAGUCACAUUGCGGUCAAUGAGACCUACUCCCAGGAAAGUGUAAAAACUGACCUACUGGUACAAAUAUAAAUUUAGCAGUCAUAAAAGCACUAUAGCUACCAUAAAGCAUUUAUUUGUUAUUCAUGAAAGACAAAUUCCCAUUACAAUCAGAACUUUAAUCAUGUAUUUUAUUUCAGGAUUCUGGGGGGAUUUAAAACUGGGGUGUAAUAGGUAGAAAAUAGGUAUCUUAUUGUGUCAAUGAAGAACAUAAUUGCAGUUCUCAAUGUCAAGUAAAUAAGUAGUGGCCUUGAUUUAAAUAAACUUAGCUAUGAAUAAAUCCUACUAUGCAUGACAGCUCUGGGAUGUAGUUUUAAUGGUGUAGUGGAUGUAACUUACACUCUUGAAGCAGGAUGCAAAUUGAUGCAACUAAAGAUGUUAAGUCCUGAAAGGCUGAGAACAAAACCCUAACAUAAAUUAGAGCAGACGUAUUGAAAUCAGUGGACUUACAUUACUUCGCACUGGAAAUCAUCCUGUAUCCCCCCCCCCCCCAUUAAAUAUUAGGGCUUCCCUUAACCAUUGGUCGAGAUGCCGCAUUUUAUAUAUGCAGUGUUCCAACUGAAUUACUGAUCUUUCCCAAAAUAAUAAUGAUGAUGAUGAGGCAGAAGUCUGAGAUUGCAAUCUCUCAUGCUGGACUAUGUUCAUCAUCCAUCCAGGACCAAAUUUCUGCAGAACAGUCAGAACAUUACAGGCCUGCCCCUCGUCACACUGAGUGUGUUGAAGCAUGCACAUUUGGAUGCAGGGCUUGCGUUGAAUGGUCAAACAUUUAUGCUGGGUGCUCCAUAGAUGACUCUCUGUACAACUUGGCUGGCGAACAUAAUUUUAGAGUAACACUCAAGCAAGGUAACUCUUCUUUAUUCUAUGAUGUUUGUUGGGGUGUGUUUGGUUUUUUUACAAAAUGCAGAGGGGUUCAGGGAAAAGAACAGGAGCAAUAUUUCCCUGGACAAUUGGCAGUCCUUCUGGACAGUGUGGGUUGUGUCAUAUGGGACUGGUGGUGGUGGAGAGGAGCUCACAAAAGGCUGUGGUCAUGCUGUAGUUCAGUGUCAUCUGUCGGCAAAUGGCACUGUGAACCACAGUGGAUGAAAGCCUAGGAAAAUAUACAGGAGGAGAUGUGCACACAGAGACAUACCAUAAAGACUUGUGCUUGGUUAGAACAGACUCAUUGAAAUCAUCUUAAUGACAAAGAUAUUAUUAUUAUUAUUAUUAUUAUUUAUUUAUUUAUUUAUUUAUACCCCGCCCAUCUUGAACAGGUGACAAAACAAUCUGAGGUUUAAAGUUUUACUACCAUAGUUCUCAAGCUGGUCUUUCACUAGGCCUACCAGUGAAGCCACAGAUUAUGCAUGGUGGUCACAUAACACAUUCAUAUGCCAUACAAAUCAAUGGACCCAACUGGUGGCUGCAUGUAUCAAAAGCGCCCAUUGACUAUGUUUCAGAAACCAUGAUUUAUUGCCUAGAUAAACCAUGCAGUAACACUAAUACUAACUCUAUAAUUUCAGCUGAGAGAAGAGCACCCAUUGAGAAGUUACGAUUGACUGUUCAAGGAGGCGCUCAUUCUAGUUUACCAAUGGUGCGUUUGACGAGAGAUGAAAAAAGACAUUUAAGAAGAAUUCAGGUAUUUCUGAUAGCAAUACAUAUCACCAUGUGGGAGAGGCUACUAUCCAUAUGUUUUAUAUUCUACAACUUGUUCUAGCUUUCGGACAGCGUGUACAGUAUUACAUUUAAGGCGUUAAACUCAAGGGUGGGGAACCUUUGACCUUCCAGAUGUUGCCGGAGUCCCAUCAAUCUCAGCUAGCAUGGCCAGUCGCCAAGGGUGUUAGGAUUUUGAGUCCAACAUAGGGCUGCCAUACAUCUGGAAUUUCCUGGACAUACCCAGGAUUUGUUUGCCAAAAAUAGCGUCCACGCAGAAUUUCCAUAAAUCAGUUAAAAUAAAAAUUGCUCAAAAAUAGCUCAAUUUUUUAAAAUUUCAGUUUUAUUAUGCAAAAGCAAAGCUCAACAACUUUUGUGUCUGGAUUUUCUCUUAUUGAAGUAUGGCAAUCCUAGUCCAACAGCAUCCAAUAUCGUGAACUAAGGAAGCAAUUAGUUGAAGACUGAUCUUGAUUGUAUAUGUGACCUAUGCAUUUGUGUAAAACGUUUUCUUGUGCCCCACAGAGGUCCCUUUGGUGCUGCAACAAUGUAGGAGGCAGCAGUUACAAGCUCUCUUUGCAUCCACAGCAGGCGCAUUGAUUUUUGCCCCCAGAACCACACUCCAUUGUCUCUUGAGACAGAUGGGUGCCAACAAUUUUGUGCAAAUGAGAAUCUGCAAAUUAGCUUUCCCCCUCUGGCCAGACAAGAAGUACCUUGUUUGCGAAAUGUUCUUUUCAAGCUUAGGAAACUUAAUAUGACUGUGUUUGUUUUUCUCUGGGUACUUCCCCUAUUAGCCCAUCAGCAGCUCCAGCGAAAGCGAUAGCGAUAGCUCUAGUGAUAGCUCUGACAGCUCAAGCAAUGAUUGGGAUGACCGUGAUGACGAUGAAAUGAUAGAUAUGAAGCAGCAAGAACGUUAUCAGAAGCACCCCAGGAAGACUUCUUUGAAGAGCAGCAGCAGCAGUGAUGACAGCAGCAGCAGCGACAGCAGCAGCAGAAGCAGUGACAGCAGUAGCAGCAGCAGCGAUAGCAGCAGCAGCAGCAGCGAUAGCAGCAGCAGCGAUAGCAGCAGCAGCAGCGAUAGCAGCAGCAGCAGUGACAGCAGCAGUGACAGCAGUGACAGCAGCAGUAGCAGCAGCAGUGGCAGCAGCAGCAGCAGCAGUGACAGCAGCGACAGCAGCAGUAGUAGCAGCGACAGCAGCGACAGCAGCAGCAGCAGCAGCGACAGCAGCAGCGACAGCGACAGCAGCAACAGCAGGAGCAGCAGUGACAGCAGUGACAGCAGCAGCAGCAGCAGUGACAGCAGGAGCAACAAGAAACAAUCCAAGGGACGCCCAAGCAAACAGAAGCAUGUUAAGGACAGCCACAUUGGCAGCAGCAAGAGACCUUCAGUAAGUGCUUUCUAUGAAACAACUGCCAAAUUGUUCCUCCAUUUACCAGAGUGCAUUUGAUUUACCUUUUCCUUCUUCUUCUUCUUCUUCUUCUUCUUCUUCUUCUUCUUCUUCUUCUUCUUCUUCUUCUUCUUGGCAUUUAGAAGGACUUGCGAGGUCUGGAACUGGCUAACGCGAAAUACAUGGCACACAAGGCAAAGCAGCAGGUGAAGCAGCAGGUAGUUUUGAUAUUCUUGAUUCUUUAAAAUGGACUUCCUCUCUGAGAAAGACGACAGAAAUCCAUGUCACGCGGGUCAACCUUCUUUGGGGCAAACUCACCCAAAUAAAAGGCAGUCCACCAGUGAGACUUUUUCUGCACCAUUUUAAACGGUGCCUAGGAAUAUAGCCUGCAUGACUUUGCAACAUCGGAUGCUGCAAAUAGAGUUGGCUUUGUAACUCUUUAGUUACAAAGCAUCUGUGGCUACUGUCUGUAAAGAGGUUGUGAGCCAUCCAUGUGUCUGAAAAGCACUUGGGACUUUGGAGACAGAAAAAAAAAAUCUGCCUUAUAGUGUGAGUGACACGUCCUAUAUAUCACAAUGUCAUCUCCUUCUCAUGCUGUUUAUUUCUCUUUCCAUUUUAUUAUUAUUAUUAUGGGGUGAAAAUCAGCAAGCAUCAAGCAGUUCAUCAUCAAGCAGUUCAUCAUCAUCCUCUGAAUCCAGUAGCAGCUCUAGCAGUGACUCCAGAAACACCAGAAGCAGCAGCAGAGAUAGAAAGCAGAAAGGCGGAAGGAGCAGCUUCUCGCGGGAGGUAAGUUUAUAAAAGCGAAUAAGAAGUCAUUGCUUCAUUCCUUAGCUUAGGUCCAGGUUUCAGUCAGGUAAUUAAUUUACAGGAAGUGGCUAGCAGAGUUGUCAGUUUUUCUCCCUACUUUUAUUUAUUUCCUAAGUGCUUCUUUAAACUGCGAUCUGAAGGCAGCCCUGUAAUGGGAAGUUUUAAAUGUUUGAUAAUUUAGUGUGCUUUAUAGACAGUCGUACCUUGGUUUUCGAACAGCCUAGUUUUCGAACGUUUUGGCUCCUGAACGAUCGAAACCCGGAAGUGACUGUUCCAGUUUUCGGACGUUCUUAUAGAAGCCAAAUAUCCGACAUGGCUUCUGCAGCUUCUGAUUGGCUGCAGGAGUUUCCUGCAGCCAAUCAGAAGCCGCUCUUUGGUUUUUGAACAUUUUGGAAGUCGAACAGACUUCCGGAAUGGAUUACGUUCAACUUCCAAUGACUGUAUGCUGUAAGCCACCCAGAGUGGCUGAGGAAACCCAGCCAGAUGAGUGGGAUAUAAAUAAUUAAAGUUAUUAUAGUUGUUAUUAUUAUUAUUAUUAUUAUUAUUAUUAUUAUUAUUAAAUACAAGAGGAAAGCAUUUUCAAAACAGCUACAAUUCUUGUUCACGUGUCUGUCCUAGUCACAGUGGAGGCUAGAAUCUGCGAUUAAACAAAUGAAUGUGGUUUCACUUGCCUUAUGCUUUGGGUGACAUCUGUAAUAUUGUUGCCAUUUUUAAUGCGGUGUGUGUGUAAUCUUUAUAAAAUGUUUCAAGAUUUCUCUUCUAAUAGUAAGUGGUAUAAAAAUAUUACUGAAUAAUUAAGAAAAUGUUACUCUUCCCCUUCUAUCUCUGGUUCACCCUUUCAAUAGCACUUUCAGAAGUACAAAUCAAAUCAACCGGGAGAAAGCUGGGUGGCAGAGCAUAAGGAAAUGGAAGCAGAGUUCAGUUCCCCCUCCCCACACACCCUUUUUAGUGUUAAAAGUGGACACACCCUCCCAUUUUAUAAAUGAAUGGGGCAGGCAAAUAAUUACACCUCUAGAUAGACAUCUGAUUUUGCUCUUAGACAGCAUGAAGUACAUAAGGUGUCAACCACAGACUUCCUGCUACAGUUCCCGAAGUUUCCUGUAAAGAGAUUUGAUUGUUAAACCAUGCUGGAAAUUGUAGCUCAGCGAAGGGAUUAGGGGCCUCCCAACAUCUCUUAGCACCCUUAGCAAAGUACAGUUUCCAAUAGCCUUUGGGGAAAGCCAGGACUGUUCAAAGUGGUAUCACAGAGCUUGAAAUUUAUGGUGUGAAUGUGACUCUAGUUGAAGGCAACUGAUCAUCAUAGGCAUUAAAAUGGUGCCCUUUCAUUUUUCUGUCUUUCAGGACCAGUACCAGGACCAGGUCCAUGGCGAUUCACUACGACCUUACGUUACCAUUGUGGCUGAGGCAGUUAGGAGUGAUAAGAAAGAACAGGGCUACAAAUUUUCAAUGUACCUGAAGCAUGACCGCUACAAAGCCCAGAUGAAAAUAGUUGGAAGUGAGCUUGCCAGAACCAAGUGGAGAGCAUGUCUUGAUAGUGUUGUGCAACCUUACACACUCCAGGUAAAAAAACAAAACAUUUUUUAAAAAUGUGCUUUCAUUUAUUUUUGUGGUUUGUAAGACAAUUUUCAGCAAUGCUUCUCUGAAGCUACAUGUGAUAAACUACUGAAAUACAAUAAAACAAAUUUUCACUAAUAAUAAACAUCGAAUAGAUUAAGAACCGAGGCAGAGCAGUUCUUAUUUUUAAAGAUAAUAAAAAGCAUUGUCCCACACUAGCUAGGGGGCACAGAUUAUUACAGGCAGAAGAUCUGCUUAAAGUUGAAAGUUCACUAAACUUCAGAAAUCAAAAAGCAUCUCCUAGAAUGUAGAGGGAGAAGUUGCCACAUAUUGGUGCAAUAACUUGAAAAGAGAAGUGUUCCACACAAGCACAAACCAUACCUAUGCCAAUCUCAACAUGCAGGUUUGUGAGGGGCGAGAUAGUUCUUUAAAUAUCCCUUACCAAGAUCGUUUAGGUUGGCCAAUUGCUUGCUUAUGAACUGCCAACUCAUAAGAAAAAAUUAACGGUGGUCUACAAAACAGUUACUAAAGCACUCAUUGGGUUCUGUGAUAAUAAAACACAGAGCAAAUGGCCAGUCCCAAAUACUCUCAUUGAUAGAACAAAAAUAUUUUCAGCAUAUAAAACAGGGGCAUUCCCGCCCCCCAUGCAAUGAGGAUGCCAUUGUGAUAGGAUCCAAAUGGGUCAUUGGCUUUUCAUCCCCAUGGUAUUAAAUAACUUUUUUUUUUAUUUCCUACCUAAGAAUGAACUGAGCUGGGGUGACAACUGCAAAGAUUACAACAUUCGAGUAAAGGCUUCCAGUGGGCUGGUUGCAGAACGGGACGCAUUCGAAAUUGAGAUGAAAUGGACAAAGGUUCCACGCUAUCUAGAGAAAUGUGCUGCUUGGUAUAGCAUCUACCUCAUUUCUUAUUAAUUACUAAUUGUCGCACAUAUUGGGGGGGGGUUAAUUUUAAAAAAUCUGACUAAAUCCUGUUUUGAUUUCAUCAAGGGUUAUGGAUCUCAUUCCUGGUAUUGCAUACAUGAAAUACUUCACAGCGGUUUAUCAGAAGAAUCCUUCACGCCAGGUUCUGUUCAGAAUAGUCCAGUCUUCUCCAUGGACAACAGCUACAAUCUUGAGAGUUCCCGGGGCAUGUAUUUGUUAUCUCUUUUAUUAAAUAUGGGUUAUUAAAUAAGUGUAGUUUGUCUUUGGGGAAGCAACUGGGUGGUCAGCAAGUAUAGAGAAUAUAUAUUUUCAGGUUUAAUUAAACCACAUACAGUACCAUCAAAUUCGGGUGGUACACUUAAAGUGGGUGAUUUUGCACAGCAGGCCCCCUACUCCCUAAAAGCAGAGUUUUUUUCAAAAAAGAAAGUGAUGUGAAAGUGUGGAAUAAGAAUUGCUUGAUUCAAUGUCUUAUACUGUAUUGGCCCGAAUAUAAGCCACACCUUUAAAAUUCAAGGGGGGGGGGAGGAAAAAAGACAAUACUUGAAUAUAAGCCGCUCCCUUAAAAUUCCACAGGCACUCACAUCCGUUCCAUUUUACCGUAUGUCUGUUUCAGCAGCAAUAUCACUAAAAGCCCUUUUUUGUAAGGUUGCAAAUUUAAGCCGCACUUUAACAUUUCACAGUCGGAAUUUGGAAAAAGAAGAAGUGAGGCUUAUAUUCAAGCCAAUAGGGUAACUUGCCCCAAACAAAUCAAAAUGGUUGCUCAAUCAACAGGCCCCUGGAAGCAAUCUGUAGGUUGGAUCCAUAUUCUGUUUGUGUCCUUUCCACAAACAGAAGGGAUUCUUCUGUUUGAAGAUUCAGUCAAGAUCCAGGGAGGAAGGAGGGGGAUAUUUUCUUGGUGCAGCUGCCUAUAUUACUUUUCAUGCUCCUCCCAAUAGUCUCCAACCUGUGGAGAAGAUUUUGAGGGGACACAGGGAACUUUAAGGGGAAGGAAGAAUCGACAAAGAUACCACCAUCUCCACUUCCUCUAGUGAGAGUAGAACUGCUGAGUUUAAAUCAGUAUGCAUCCCUAUGGGUUUAGAAAAUUUGGGGGAAAAGAAAGAAAGAUAUGUUUUAGUUUAUGUAGUUAAGUGAUCAAUCAAAACACAAGCUUUGUCUACAGCCACAUUGGUCCUUAUACAUUCAUUCUUUGUUUUCUAGGAAACCUUUUACAGAGAUGGCCUCUGUUUUCCAUUUUCUUUACCCGCUUUCGAAACUCCAUAUUAUCAAUCUUCAGCAAAAAGGGCAUAUGAUUUAUUUGAAUUAAUGUCAUGGGCACCCAAAGGAGGUGAAGGUAAAUUAAUACUUUACUUACAUCAGGCAAGUCUUUAAAUUUAAAGCAUUGCCUGCUCUUAGCUUGUAACAGGACCAUUUUGCAAGCAUAUUGUUUCUAACUUUAAGCCUUCUGUUUAGCAAUUAUAUAUUGUAAAUGGAUUUAGUGAUUUUACACGGCUCAUUUGAUAUGUUUUUUAAAUAAUUAUUAUAAAUUAUGAUGUUGUUCUUCUGUUUUGUAACCCACCUUGCAACCUUAAAUACAUUGAAAUGAAUAAAUAGAUAAAUAAUUGACAGCACAGUCCUAUGAACGUAAACUCAGACAUAAGUCCCAAUAAGUGCAGUAAGACAUACCCAGAAAGUGUAUAUAAAUUACAACCACAUUAUCAUCGAUCAAACUGUCAGAAGGAGUUUUCUUGCUUGCUUAUAGCCACAAAAAGGUCACUUAUCCAUGAUCAGGGUGGGCAGCAGUUAUGGCCUGGCGCAGUGCCCCAAGACCGGGGGGGGGCAGCCCUCUUCUCCAGUCUGGCUGCUGGUUUUGGCCUUGGGCAGCUGCAAGGAGUAAUGGGAUUGCCUGCCACAACUUUAAAUUAAACUGGUCAAUAGAGGCUGAAGGGGCAGAUGGGGCCUAGGCAACGGACCAGAGUGAGCGAGUCUUUGUUCUGGUCCACCGCUGCUCUAGUUAAGCCACCUUGGACUUGGCAGCGCAGUCAGCAGAAGAUCAGUCCUUGGUGUAGCUUCUGAAGAGUAGGUUGAGUCCAAGCAUUACUCCAUGCUCAGGCAGAUACAAUAUCUCAGGGUAUCCCAGUAAAGAUGGCUGGAUGGAAGCUUCUGUCCUAAUGGCAGCCUGACGGGGGGCAGCUUAGUUGACCUACAUCUUUUGUAAAAGUGGCAAAAGUCUGGCAAAAACUGAGAUCUAGUCGAACUGAGAGGCUUUUUGGAUCAAACAGGCUUCCCUGGUUAUUCAUCCGAACUGCAAGAGAUGGAAUCUAAGUCUAACAAGAAAAUGUACUUCCAGACAUCUGCCUAAACAUUGCAUAUUUCUGGCUAUCUUAUGUUCACUGCUGCAUCUGACUUCUUUUUUUGGGGGGGUGUCAUCUUGCCAGCUGUAUGUGAGGUGGACAACGAACGGAUCAUGACCUUUGAUAACAAGGUAUUCAAUGUAACUACAACCAAACAUGCCUGUGACCUUUUGGUAGUCCAAGACUGCAACAAAAAUGAAAAUUAUGAACCACGGUUCCGUGUUUGGAUAUCAAAGUCCAGACCUGAUAGUCCAGGAGAGGUUCACGUCAAUAUCUCUUCAGAGUAAGUUUUAACAAAUACACAGCUUUUUCAGAUAAUAAAGGAAAAAAUAAAGGUUUAACCUUUACAGUGGUACCUCAGGUUAAGAACUUAAUUCGUUCUGGAGUUCCGUUCUUAACCUGAAACUGUUCUUAACCUGAGAUACCACUUUAGCUAAUGGGGCCUCACGCUGCUGCUGCGCUGCUUUCUGUUCUCAUCCUGAAGCAAAGUUCUUACCCCGAGGUACUAUUUCUGGGUCAGCGGAGUCUGUAACCUGAAGCAUCUAUAACCUGAAGCGUCUGUAACCCGAGGCACCACUGUAUUUCCGUUUCCCCCCUUUAAUGGGAACUGCAUUAGAAAUAAUUGCAAACUGGGCCACAGGACCCAGACUGCAGAAAUGUGCAGUUUUCUCAGAUCUAAAUGGAAUCAGAUCACAGUUAUCCCAUGCCAUGCUGCUGAUGCCUUGAGGGGUCUAUAGCAACCAAUAUUGGGGGAAGAAAUGCAUUUGGUUUCAAAUUUAAUGUGAACCUACUUCCUUUCAAACCACAGCGAAGGCAGCAUGAGGAGCCUCAGGGGGAAUUGGUGCAGUUUUGCAGUGCACUCGUAAAUGACAACUAUGGGAGAAAGAUGGGCUGCUUCACACUGAUUGUUAAUAUCAGUUUUUUCACCUUCUAACAAAAAGCAUUCUCCCCCCCCCCCCCAGGAUCAGAAGCUAUAUCAGAAUCUUACCUACCAUGAAUAAGCUUUCUUUGUUAUACAAUGAGAAUCGAGUCCUGCUUGACAAAAAGGAGUUUGAGGAUGAGAAAGGUACUGCAUCUGAUAUUACACUUUUUCUUAAAUCACAACACAGUUCCAUUCACCUGAGUCAACUUAAAUCCAUGUACUCUGACUAUUGGUUAUAUAUUGGUAAUCAAUUUUAUUUAAAAAAAAAAAAACCUUGAAUAACUUGGGACACACCCACCCCGCAUAAUAAUGAAAGAAAGUAAACAUUGAAAAUAAGUUAGUAAGCCUUGAUCAGUAAAGGUGUGAUGGGUUAGCUGAGUAUCCUACCCAUGAAUUUGAUUAAAAUUUUUGUACACGGUAGUCAAUACAAGCUGAUGUCACAGAAUCUCGCAGCAAAAAUUGCUGUGUCUCUGGUCCCAUUCUGUAGGCAAGACUCAAAAAGUAAUGUAAAACGAAUGAACAAAAUGUGCGCAUUUCUAUGUACACUGCUGAAACAUGCUCUUGCUCUUGAAAUAAUUGGUAAGCCAUUUUAAACCAUCCCAUCUCUCCACAGCGCACGUUAAAAUGUGUAAAAAUGAGACCACUGUUGCUAUUGAGGCACCACUGAUAGGCCUAGUGAAUGUGACGUACGAUGGUGAAACUCUGAUGGUAAGUCUGACAGCCGGCUGCUUUUUGUGCUAGGAUUUCUUGCUCCAUUCCUUUAAUGCACUGCAUUGUAAGGAUACAAACACAAGCUUCUACAGUAAAUAUCCAUUAUCCAUGCAGAUUACAGUCGCUUCCAACAUGAGAGGUAAAACCUGCGGACUCUGUGGAAACAAUGACGGUGAAAUGAGUAAUGAAGCCCAGAUGCCCAAUCAAGAACAGGCAUCAACCACUACAGAGCUUUUGCGUUCCUGGUCUUUGACGGAUAGGUGUGAUAGAGGUGAUAGAGGUCAGUUAAAUUUGGAAACUACAUUCUCCAUACAACUUCCCUAGGAAAAAAAUGGCACAGCACUACAUCACAUCCCUCCCAGAGGCACUUGUAGCCGUGGAUGGAAUUGCCAGGCACUAGUCAUGGUGGCAGCAACACCUUCUAGCCACUUAAACUGGUUUUUAUCUGGAAUUGGGGCAGUCUUUUAAGCUUUAAAGGCAGCCUUCAGAGCAGCCUGUAAAGUUGUAAGUAGCCUUCAACAAAUAUUAGGGGAUGAAAUUUUGGGUGAGAAUGGAACAGAAUAGACCUUGGUUUGUCCACAUACAGAAGUGCCAAGGCUACCAGUCCAUGCCUAAUUCCCAACUACACAAAGUUGGGAGGGGACAAUGACAAUUGUGUUGUCACUGAUCUGCUAUGCAUCUCUCAGCUUGAAAGUUCAGGACUCUCUACUUUCUACCAUUACUAAGGCUGCAAAUGUGUCUCUGUGAGCAGAAUGCAUGUCCGAAGCAGAGAGUCUUUUAAGACAGAGGUGGAUUGCCAUAUACCCCCUUCAACUGGGAUCACAGCUGUGCCUUUCAUAAGGCAAAGCUGACUGCCACUGCAAUGGAAGGAGGAAGGGAGAAGCGAGGCUUUGUACCAUUAAUGCAGACAGCUGGUGCGAUUCUCUCCUUACUGAGUGGCCCUGUCCAGGGUUUACCUCCCUUCUCGUUCUUGAAGAGGCUGGUUAGUUCAAACAUAUGUGUGCCUCUAGAAAAUGUAACUUGAGAAAAGAGACAUUGCACAUACUUUUGUAAACCAAGAAAUCAUCAAUAAAAAAUAUGUAAAAACAAAAAACAAAAAAUGUACGCGUGACAUUCAAAUCCACUACACCAUUGGGUUAUCUGCCCAUUAGUAUUUCACACUUCAGAGCUGGAUGUAGUUGCUUGAUUGACUGAACUGAUCUUUAGCAUGUUGCCUUAAUAGGAUAACCCACAUAUCCCUGCAGAAGUUUUCUUUACCAAAAAUAGCAUUAUUAUUUGAUUUUAAAAAAUUCUUUAUAGCACUUGCCUCUUUCUUUGCUUCUUUCAGUUUGGAUUUGCAACUGUAUGUAAAAAACUGAAAGAAUUACCAAUUUUAUGCUGUUUGUAGAUGUGGAGACAAAAAUUAGAAUUGUAUACAGCAUUGUAAAUAUUCCAUACCCAUUCCAACAAAUUAUUUGACUGGGGGGUUUUGUUGUUGUUGUUAAUUCAAGGUGGGAAUGUCCACACUGCUAAAAAAUAUAUCACUUGGACUCUGUUGAUUGAUGGUGAUUUUCCUUUUUUGACAGAAAUGGAAGCAACGUCUGACUCAGAGGCUUGGGCAGCUUAGCUCUGAGAAGACUCCAGACUGGGUGAACAUUACCCUGACAACGUACUUCAGAUCAACCUUUCGAUAUCUCAAAUUAACUGAGUUAUCUCGAGAACCACCUUGGGGAUGCCAGUGCUACAUCAAAUGAUAAAUAUAUUAAUUAAUGUUAAUUGGAACUAAACUAAAAUCAAAUGCAUUCUGCAUUGUAUGAAGUUCUAAAUAAAAAAUCCAUUGUGC